AUGAAGCGCCGGAAUGACUAUAAGGUCGCCAUGGCCGAAAGUGUGGAGCUUGAGCCGCUCGGCGGAGGCAUGGACAAGCUCUCCGAGACCGACAGCAAGAAGCGAAACGGGAUAAACAAGUUCGGCGGCGAUAGCUCCUCGCGUCCGGUCCGGGAUGGGGUUGCAGUCUGCUCACAGAAACGGGCACUUCUGGUUACGGCGACCGUGCUGGGGACACUCCUGGCCACCGCUCUGGUGAUAGCUUAUGCGGGUCCACAAACAGUGUGUCCUUGUGCUGGAAAAAUGCCUCCCGGCUACAUUCCCGACGGCUACAACAGCUCGGAACCGUUCCAGCCCAUCGCGACAAACGGGCAACCGUUUCCGUGGCUACUGCCGACGUUGCCGAACACCGUGAAGCCCAACCGGUACAUUUUGACGAUACAUCCCAACCUGACGACGCUGGAUGUAAAGGGUCAGGUAUCGAUAGAGUUGUACGUGGAAAAGGAAACCAACUUUGUGGUGCUACACGCACAGGACCUCAACAUUACCGAGAAGGCUUUGGUGGGACCGAAAGGAUUCGCGCUCAAAAUUCUGCGUAUGCUUGAGUACACACCCCGCCAGCAGCUGUACAUCGAAACACGGGAAAAGCUUCGGAAAAAGGCAAACUACACGCUCAGCAUACGAUGGCACUCGAAGAUGAUACUGGACCAGUUCGAAGGAGAUUUUGACGUGAAAAAAACGCUAGCGGCAACGGUACUCAAGCCCGGCAGCACCAGAAAGGCGUUUCCAUGCUUCGACGAGCCACACCUGAGGGCAGCAUUCAAAAUAUCCCUCUUCCGUGACCGCUUCCACAUAGGGCUGUCGAACUCGAUCGUGCAGGAUACGGACGAUGUCGGAUUUUACAUGGGUACCGGAUUGCUGCGUGAUGAUUUUGCCGAAACCCCACCGCUACCACCCGACUCGGUAUCCUGGGUUAUAAGCGACUUCAAGCGGGAACUGCUCGAGCCGUCCGCAAAGUAUCAGCGCGUUAAUGUGAGCAAAGUGGCCGGUGGUGGCCCACCAGGGAAGGCAAUCGUGCCCUCAGGCCCGGCGGGAACAAAUGGAAAGCCCCCAACGAUGAAGGUGUCCAAAAGCGAUAAAAAGCCAUUCCGUAACCUGACCGCCGUGCUGCUGUCGAAAAAUCUGUUCAAGCUCACCAACAACCUCCCGACGAAGGAACCUGCGCACGGCGAAAGUGACGUUACGGUGCAUCCGGUCGGUGAGGUCACUACGCCAACCAUCGCCGGCGACGACCGAGAAGCCCUGUGGGCCGGUGACACUGCUUUGAUACGAACCGCACCGGCAUAUUCGUUCUAUGCACCGGAAACCCACAUUGGCAAGGGUUCAUUCAUACUGCACACUUCGCGCGACAUUCUGGAGUACCUGCAGCAGUGGCUGUCCGUAGCGUACCCGCUGUCGAAGCUUGACUUUGUUGCUUUACCCUCGCUACUGGACGAUAUCUCGAGCUCGCUCGGUCUCAUCGUGUGCCGGACGUCGUUCCUCAACGAGCCUAACAGUAUUUCCGGGAAAGAGUACCACAUGUCGGUGGUGAAGAUAUCCGAAGGUAUCGUGAAGCAGUACUUCGGGGGACUAAUCUCGCCCAAGUCCUGGAAAAAUAAGUGGCUCUGGGAGGGACUGAUACGAUACCUGAGCCGAUUUCUGCUGGCCACCAUUCAGCCGCUGUGGCCAAUGAAGGAACUCUUUCUGAUCGACACGCUCACCAAGGCGCUCGACAUCGACGCUCUGCAGGGUUGGGACAGCAUCAAUGCCGGGGCUAGCGACACCGGGGACAACGACCCGUUCUUUGUCGACAAAUCGGCGUCCCUGCUGUCGAUGCUGCAGUCUGCGAUCGGUGAACGCAACUUUCGUCAAUGCUUAGGAAAGUUUCUAAGAACCUACCAAUUCCAGACGGCCGAACCGGCUGAUCUUUGGGUGCUAUGUGCAAAGCAGGUCAACAGUAGCCGCUACGUGAAGGAAAUGAUGACCCAGUGGACCAACACGGCCGCCUUCCCGCUGCUGAACGUGACGUUAAACGGGACCAGUGUUAUCGUGCGGCAAACGGAUUUCCGCCCGGCCGAAUACCUCGCAAUCUACGAUGAACCUAUGGAAGAGAUCGAAGGAGACGAUGCAGGAGGACGAACCACAACGACCAGCACCACGAUAGCACCAAACGGUGUUGCAACGGGUAAUGCCGGUUCCCGGUGGGUCUUUCCCAUCCACUACACAACCGACGUGUUGAACGGCAACGACACCACACACGAGGAUCCAGAACACGAUCAUCGGAGUUUAAGUGUGUGGCUUAAUUCCAGUGAAGCGAUCAUAACACUCAACCACACCGCACAGUGGAUUAAGAUCAACUACGGACAAACCGGAUACUACAGAGUGCUGUACAAUGAAGCCAACUGGAUCAAACUGGUUGACCAACUGCAUUCUAACAACAAUGUGUUCAGCACCCAGGACCGCGUAGGGCUGGUGUCGGACAUUUUCACCCUUUGCCAUGCCAAUCUGAUACCGUGCCAUGCGGCCAUGGAGCUAAUCUCAUACUUCCCAAAAGAAAAGGAAUGGGGUCCAGUGACGCUAGGUACGACUCACCUCGAGAAGUGGCGCAAAAUUCUGAAGUACUCCGAGUGCUACCUGGUGCUCGCUGAAUACGUGCGACAGAAUUUGGCCAAAUCGAUUCAAGCGAUCGGAUGGGAGGACAUCGGCGAGGAGGAAGUAAAGCUGUUGCGUCCGGUGCUGAUGCUCAGUGCGGCACUCUGGGAGGAAUCGGACACGAUCAAGUACGCCAAGGGUUUGGUGAUUAACUUUACCACCCAAUCUACACCGAUACCACCGAAUUUGCGCGCAGUGGCCUACAUCGGUUCAGUGCUAUCUGGGGAGUUUCAGUAUUGGCAAUUCUGCUGGGACCGCUACAUUGCCGUACGACGCGAACGAAGUUCGGUCUUGGAAGAGCGGAUGGAGCUGCUGCGUGCACUCGGCGUGACCAAAGAUGCUUGGCUGCAAAAUCGGCUUCUAUCACACGUCAUCACGUUGCCCGUGUUCGAGAUCGUCCAGGUGUUGGACGCAAUCGCUGGUACACCGACCGGCGGGGCGAUGGCCUGUCGGUUUUUGCAGGCGAAGUGGUUCGACUUCCAAUCGAAGCUUGGGCGCGGCACAGUACAAUUUGCGCGCGUCAUCUCCGCCAUCACGCAGUAUGGGUCGACAAAGUUCGAUUACGACGAGCUUAAAUCGUUGGUCAAUCGGUUCGGCGACGGUCCCGGCCUAAAACUACUAAACAUGACCCUUAGCACGGUGGCCGCCAACGUGGAGUGGGUCAGCCGUUCACAAGCAUCCAUAUACAACUGGAUCGAGAACAAAUAUCACUUCUGAUGGAAGAAUCAUGCAAACGAGCAAUAGUUUUUCGUCUUUGUUUCCUACUAGUCAGACUAUGCAUGUAUAUUUUACCAUGAUCAUCGAUUAGCAGAUUCCGUUCCCAUUUCAGCUUACGAGUGGUCGAUGUUUUUCGCUCACCUUCUUUUGGCAACGGGGAUCCGGAACGCGAAGCAAACAAAUGACAAUUUUGACGACAAAAGAAGAAGCAAGAAUGCAUUUAUCGUAGUACAAUCUCAAGACUCCUUUUAUAGAUACCAAGAGGGCGCGUGCCGGUGGUGAGGUGUUCUUUAAUCUUCCACUGUCUACGUUUAGGUAUAUAGGUGUACAGAUUAUAUAUAUAUAUAUUCCAUAACAUAUAAGUUACCAAAGAGCGCAGAGAAUAGUUUGUGUGAUCGACAAUUUAUAUCGUAUAACUCGCCAGUAACUUAAGAAUAUUAGUGAAAAAAGAGAACGGAAACCAUAUACGCUAGAGGCCGAGGGGAGAAAGACCUCAAAAUGCACAAAAAUCACCGACUCUCCAUGGCUAGAUGGUGUUGUGCUAGAAGCUCUGCUAGGAUGAACGACACGGUGUGCUCUAGAAGCAAUCCCACUUGAAUAGAACUCCGGUUACCAGUUGCAAGGCAGCAUUGAGUAAAUCUUGGCGCUAGUGAAUGAACCAGAAGUAAUGAUCAUUAAUAUACAAUCCUGUGUUUUCGGUGUUCAUGUAUACCGCCUGAAACAUGUCCAUCUAGCAUCGAUUCUGUUGAAUAAGAAUAAUCAGUGUUCAGUAUUGGU